GCUACAAUUUCUCUGCACUCAAAUUAAUCCUGGGCAAUGAAAAAUGAACCUCUCCCCCACCCUUGCAUCCACCCUUCGCUUCACGCCCCCAGAGAAGAGCUCCUCUGUCCGGCAACUGGUGAAGGCUUUUUUCCAAAUCACAUGAUCCAGGAUGCAGGGGGAAAAUCCUUCUUGGAACAGAGCUGAGGGCAGAAUCGAAUCAGAUGAGGAGAGAUAAGGUGUGAUGUGGGGCAGACUAUAUAAAGCAUGGAGCCAGGGCUGCAGCAAACAAGCAGCUGUGGGGCCCUGUCCCCUGCCCCAGCCAUGCAGAUGCCACCCGACUCGGUGGCCAGCGCCUGGAGAAGCACGAGGUCCUGGAGAAGCACAAGCCACAGAUACUUCUACCUCAGCACUGUCGCACUGGUGUGCCUCGUUGUGGCAAUGGCCAUCAUACUGGUCCUGGUAGUCGAGAAGAAGGACUCCACUCCCAGAACAACUGAGAAGGUUCCCCUGAAAGGAGGAAACUGCUCGGAAGACCUCCUAUGUACCCUGAAAAGAAGUCCUUUCAAGAAGUCAUGGGCCUACCUUAAAGUGUCAAAACAGCUCAACAGUACCAAACUGUCAUGGAACCAAGAUGGCCACAUUCAUGGAGUCGGAUACCAGGAUGGGAGCCUGGUAGUCCAGUACCCAGGCUGGUACUUCAUUAUUUGUCAACUACAAUUCUUCGUGCAAUGCUCCAAUCAUUCUGUGGACCUGACAUUGCAGCUUCUCAUCAAUACCACGGUCAAGAAACAGGCCCUGGUAACAGUGUGCAAGUCUGGAAUUCAGACCAAGAACAUCUACCAGAAUCUCUCUCAGUUCUUGCUGCAUUACUUACACAUCAACUCCACCGUAUCAGUCAUGGUGGAGAAUUUCCAGUACGUGGACACAAACACUUUUCCUCUUGAAAAUGUGCUGUCCAUCUUCUUAUACAGUAAUUCAGACUGAAUAGUCACUCUGGGCCUUUAGGUAGAAAAACACUGUCUGCCAAACAGCACUUCAUCUGUCCAAAUGUGGGAAACAAGAGAAUGUUAGUGCAACUGAAACUAAGUGUAUGAAUUAAUGUACUCUCCUUCUGUCCUUUGGAAAUACACAACCUUGAAACGUGAAGUCCCUUUCAGAUGGAGAGUAAGGAAGGGAUAUAGUGUGUGGACAGACACUCACGUGGGCACUAGAAAAAGUCCAGUAGCCCCAGUCUAACCACUAAUUCAUUGUUUGAUCUUGAACCUUUUUUUCCUCCCCCUGAAACUCAGGGUCUGAAUCUGAAAGGAUCGGAGGUGGGAUUUGUGUCUCCCCAGUGUUUCCUUCAUCUCAGAAGAUGAAACUUGUGAGCCGAGGUUCCAGAUAGAGUUCUGGAAGGUCCUAAACAGAGACAGGCCCCACAUGUCAUGAUGAAACUGAUACCACCAGGAGCGUCUCUCUGCUCAUCAUCUCAGCAGGGCCCAGGGACUUCCAUGCUGCUUGUAGAAUGAUACUCUAUGAGCUUGGAACGCCAAGGUGAUGCUGUGUCUUAUCUAGGGAGGACCUGCUGACAUCUCCCGGGAUGUGCAUGUAGCAUUCCCUGCUUCAAACACCUUUUAGUCCAUUCUUCCUGCGGCUUUUAAGUCCCCAAGAAAGUUGUUGACAGACAAUGAGUAUUGUGAAAAAGAGGAGUCCUUCAGGACAACAAACAGCAAGAGCCUCUCCUGACCUGAGAUGCCACUCAGUUCCCAAGUCUGAUCAGGCUUAAGAUUUUUGCAUCAUUGUGGGGGACAGACUUUGACAAAUCAUUUGAAUUGAUGUGGGAGCCCCUAGGAGGUACACUUUAGCAAAGAAAGCAAGUCCUGUUUGUCCUGUAUGAAAGGAUAGAGUAAAAUAUGAAUUUCUCUGAAGUAAAAGAGAAGGAGAAAGUUUUUAACAGAAAGCCUAAGAAAGAUCUAAAAGGAUAAGAAGAUAACUCAGCUGUUUGAUAUGUGAGUAGAACACAAGAAAACAAAACAGAAAGGAAGACUGCCUACAAAUCUCCUCUCUGCUCCCAUCCACAGGUAUUGGACAAGGAAUUGCAUUGUACAGGUCAAAAAGAAUCAAGUGUUGUGGACACAGUGCUGGAGAAUAGGGAGACCUGCAGUGUCUGUGCUGGACGCAAAUGUGGGGCAAGUGAAUCUUAGAUUAAGUCAACUAGAAAGAACCUUGUAGAAAAAGCACAUGUAACCUAUGUAAGAACUAAACAAAUGUUCUACCCUCUCAGAUUCUGAGUCAAGAAAGAUUCCAUUUUUGUUUUUCAUAGACUAUCCUCUGGGCAGAAGUACCUGACCUUUGCACUAUAGUUUGAUCUGUUUCUAAUUGCAGUCUCUAUAAAGGUUCAGAAAGGAGGGCACUUCAGUUAAAAGAAAAAGUGAAAUUUA